AUGCACACUUUCGAAGAUCAUGUUUUAAACGACGUUGAUUAUAUUAUCAAUGUUUUACUCUCGCACAAAUUGGAUGAUAUCAAAUUGGAAGCUUAUAAACUUUGUCAUAAACGGAUUAUAGCCACGGUGGGAGCUAAAUUGAACGUUUCCAAAUGUAGCGCUCCAGGAAGUCAAAUUCUAUUUCUGUUAAGACCUAAGGUUUUAUUAGAAAUCAUUACACAUGGAAUUGUUGAUCUUAUACCCGAGGUUCAAAAUUAUGCAGAGGAUAUUUUGCUGCACAUUAUUAAGAGCAAAAUCUUGGUAUCCGACGACAUAUGGCAACGAACAGUUGAAGCUUUGGUACCUAAUAUUCCUAUUCUACUCUGUCAUGCAAAUAAAUCGAAUUUAGGUCGGACUAUCAUGAAUCUUUUGGAUCCGGAUAGAAGUAGAAACCUAAAUAUUCCGCUUUGCGAGAUUAUUAGGGGAAACGUUGGUUUGUUGUUUUGUGAGAACAGCCACAUCAGAGAAGAAGCCGUUUCUCGACUUUGUUGGAUACUGACUUCAACGAAAGAAGAAAAUCGCGAUCUCUUACCUAGAAUUAACAAUUUACACGAUCGAGGAUUGGGAUUCGUUUGUUGCGUUGAAAAGGCAAUUGAUUAUAAUAAAUACAAAGCUACUCAACAUUUCUAUCAGCCUAGUAGUUUGUGCCAAGUUAUGGAGCUACUUUCUUCGAAAAACGUUGAACCUGUGAUUAGACGUUCUGCAAUCACGCAGGUGAGUGUCAUGAUGGAAGAUCCUAUGUUACAUCGAACAUUUUUGGACAGAAACGGCGUGAAUUUGCUUAAAGCUAUAAUGGAAGCAGCAUUAACUGAGGAUAAUUAUAAAGAUUAUCCGGAUUCGGUAAUUCCUUCCAUCAGUAUCUUGAAAAACAUUUGCCUUUACAAUGCUUGCGUUCGCCAAGAGUUGUCCUAUGAUAUUGAUGCAUACCAUUUCAUUCUUAGAGCUUUAUUCAUGUUUUUCACCGAGGAACGCGUCAAACAAGAUGGUAGCAUAUUACUACACUUGAUGGUCAACGCUAGUUUUGUUCUUGGAAACCCAAUAAAAAGCGAUUUGUCUUUACCACAAAUUAUUUUGAACAAAAUAAAGUCUCCGUUUCAUUGUCACGCUCAUUGGAAUACCAGCGAAAAUUGUCUGGAUUCAUUGAAUGACUUGUUGAGUGAUCGAUGGACUUUGAUUACGCUGCAAAUCCAUUGGAACAUCGAAUGGUUCGGUGGCUUAGAGAAAUUGGUAGAAUUGGACAGAGUUACGUAUAGCAGAAACGAUAAUUUCGACGAUGUGCUUAAACUUAAGAAUAACGAUUUGUUAUCGAUUAAGUCGACGUGUCUAAGUCAUUGCAUGAAGCAACAUCUUUACUGUAUCCAACUUGCAGAAUCGCACGAAGUUAUCAAAGAUCAAUUAAAUAAUUUAACAAACUGCGUAAAUCUAUAUACUUUGUUGAAAGAUGAUAUUUUGGAGGAUCUGUUAUCAAUGCCUUGGGAAAAAACUUUUGAAAAGUUUUUGAAUACACCGCCUUCUUCUCCUGAAGACAAUUUAAUUUUAGCUCAAGUUUUUCAAUUUUUAACACUCCUCGUUCCAACAUUAAAAGGAAUCUCUGGUUUUGCAUGGAUUCAAGGAAUUUUGAAAAAUCGCAAUCAUAUGAUAUGCGAUCUAUUAUCCUCUGAAGAACCCAAAGAACCAGAUACGAAACUGCUUAUGCACGGAUUAUUGGAUCUCAUUAUAACUUGCGUUUGCGCCGAACAAAACUAUCUGGAUUUUCAUAUUGUAAAUCGAGAGGACGCGAAUGAAUCGGGUUCGCAGACCUGGAGUUUUUUGGUCGAAAUAAUUGCCGAGCAUUUGAAGUUCAACGAUGCUCAACAUUUCUACAACUUAGCGUAUUUAGAUCAUUUAUUGUCGGCUUUGGUGCAUUUGACGUCGCAUUUGGGUUGGAGCAGAUCCAAACCUAAGGAGAUUGCCAAUAAAUUACUAGAGCAACUUUCGCUUGGACUGUUUGAAAUGAUUGGUGCUUUCCAUUGUGGGAAAGGUAGUUCUGCUGCUGAUUCUUUGAUGGGCCUGAGUAUUACUAAACAUUUGGUGCUCAUUUUGAAUCAUCUUUUGGGCGAAGUGCAGCAUAUGCAUGUGAAGAAUUGGGAAGAAAUGUUCUUGGGUAAUGAUAUUAAUGGUCAAAGCACUUUGGCCAGUCUUGGAGCGUUACAACUAAGCAGAGAUGUUAUCCUGCGCGCCGCUAUUUUGCAUUUCUUUGCUGGAAUUGCUGUAUCACCCAAAACAGUUACAUAUUUAGUGAAUGAAGUAACUGUAAGAGGAAUGAAUAUUUGGGAAUCCAACAUCUUAAUAGUUUUGGAUCACGAGGAAGCUUCAGUUGUCAAAGAAAACGCAGCUAUGCUUAUGACGAACCUGAUCAGUCAUGUUACAAACAAAGAUGACGAUUGCCAAUUUCUGAGCAACAUUUUUCCAUCAACAAGCAGAACGAAUUUAACCAAUGGAAUUAAAGUUAUGUAUGAUUUAUUGGAUGGGCAUAGCUUUUUCAAAGAAUUAGAGAUUACAUUGAAAGGACUAUACUUGGACAAACACUUUUACUCCUAUGAUCCAACAAAUUUUGUUUUGGCCGGAUACCAAACAAGUAGAAAUGUUAUAAAUUCUAGUCGAAGUGCGAGUAGUGCAAAAUCCUCGUUCGUUUCGACACCUUCUUUUAUAAAAACAAUUUGCAUGUUUAUAUACAAUAUCACAAGGUUAUCUCCACAAGACGGUUGUUCGAUCUUACAAGAUUACGGAUUAUUUCGAUUAUUUCUAAGGUGCAUUUCUAUGCCGCACUCAGAUAUCGAAACCACGAAAGAUUUGGCUUUGUACUGUGAUAUAAUCGAAAUGAAUACUUCAAUUUUACAAUUGGUUACUUUCUCAGUAUCCAAAAACUACUCUUGUUUGAUUGCUACAUGCAAUACAAGAGAUUGCCUUACCACAAUUGUAUCCUUGCUUAAUCCUAAAUUGUAUUAUGUAACUUUACCGCAACUUUUGUAUCUUAGGAAUAAAAUGUGGAGCGCUAUUUACAAUUUGAUUGAAGUUAUUUUGGAGAACUGCCGAAACGAAGAUGGUGUCAAGUCUAUGGAUGCUGUAGCAGUGCUUUCUGCUAUAAUUAGUGAAAAGAAGCAAGAAACUUUUAUUCAAUCUUUGUGCGAGUCUAUGUCUUGUCGCUUAUCUAAUGAUCUGCAAUUAUCUGCCAUGUCUUCGUUUACUUCUUUGUUGCGUUUGGACAGCGAACAGGAGAGCAAUGAAUCGAGUUCGAUGCAAAAUCUGUUAGAUUUCACUAAAACUCCAAGAAGUUUUUCGGAAGAAGUAUUGGAAAUGCCGAAGAAAGAUAAUAAGCUGACCGUAUUGCAGACAGUAUACUUUUCGAGCGGAGGAGAUGCGACAGUGGAGUAUCCUCCAGAUACUUCCGAGAUGGCAGGCGCUGAGCUGUGCAAGAUACUAUUGAACAUGUAUGAUUUUGUGACGUUGAAGAAUACUUCGACUGUAGGAAAGAAGCGAAUUGUUAUAACCAACGCUUUGAUGAGUCUCUUGUCAAUUUCGAGUGAGGCUAAGAUGUACGCUCUGAGGAAUGGAUUCUUGCUGAAGCUGGUGACGCAAUUGAAAGAAAUUUAUGUUAAGCUGAGCUUGGAGUCGGUUGAGUGUUUGCGUAGGGUGGCGGACAAAAAGCGAGUUUGCCCGGUUCUGAAGGAACUGGAAUUGGUGUUGAGUUUGUUUACCAAUUUCAUGGGCGGCCAAGAAAAGGUCAAAAUACAGGCCGUGCAUUUUGGAUUAGCUGACACUUGCCAUAAAUUAUGGAUAUGGUUUUCGGUGCAGAAGCAUCUCAUGGUGCAUGCUAUGAAAAUGCUUUGUACUUUCACUACAAAAUGUCCGAUUGCAUGUCAAUCUUUAACUUUGACCAGUCCAGUGGCCGGAUCCGGACCUCGGAAGGUGACUAGCAAUAUGUGUCUAUUGCAAGCGAUCUGCACGAUGGUCGGAAAGGAAAUGGAAAUGAUCAGCAAAACACACGACUUGACACUGCUACAGCUAAGUUUCCAUCUGUUGCAUAACAGCUUGGAUAUCGUUGAUUGUCGGAUAGCUUUAUCCAAAAAUAAUUUUCUGCAAACUGUGACGCGCCUGCAUCCGGCCAUAACGAAGCGACAGAAACCUUGGGAGAGCAUCGAAACGCUGUGGCUGGAAUUUCUUAACGAAUUCACAUCUUACGUCGAAGGUCAAACGUGCGUCGCCAAGUUAACAGAAGUCUUCGAACUUCUGAUGACGUUUGCGUCCAGUAGUCGAGGAAACAACAAACGGUUGGCCUUAGAGGUGCUCAAAAACAUAUCGUUCUAUCAGCCGAACAGGCCACGAUUAUUAACAUCUGGUAACGUUUCGAUGUUUCAUUCACUUUCUUUUACGUUCUUAAUUAAUUGUUUUACGCAGAUGCUUUUGUCAAUAUACUCUCCAGCAAGUUGAGCUCUGGUAGUCAGGAGGAGAAGAAUUUGGUGGUGCUGAUCGUCUGGUCUUUAGCGGCGAACAGUCAGAAGGCUAAGCUUGUAUUCAAGU